AUGUCCAAGCUCUGCAAAUGCGGUCGACCCAGAGAGAAGAGAGCGGCAGGACCCAGCUCCAACUUUCCCGGACGAGAGUACUAUCGCUGCGACACAUGUGGCAAAUUCGACUGGGCAGCAGACACGGCCAGUUUUGGAUCAUCCACCAAACGAUCCGACGACGAAUUGGCUGGUCCCGUCUGCAACUGUGGGACGGCAACGGUACAGCGUGCCGUCAAAAAGGCCGGACCCAACAAGGGGCGCAAAUUUUGGAGCUGUGCCUCGUGGCCACGAGGUUGCAAGUUUUUUGAAUGGAAAACAGAGAGUACCGGUAGUUGCCCGAGCAGUACUAGUGUUCCCACAAUCGUAACACCGGAACAACCAACCAAGAAGCGACCGGCUCUCCCUGGGUAUGCCUCGUAUGAGACUGACUGGAAACGCAAAGAGCUCUUGCAAAAGCUUCUGGACUCGGGCGUGGAUCAUGCCAAGCUACGCUCGCAAUCGGGGGGUUCCUAUGACGGGUUUGAGUUGGUGGCAGCCUGGAAUAUUCACAAUCCCACCCGGAAAGAAUCUUACGAUCAAGCGGUUCAGAGAGAAAAACACAAAAUAGCGAAAGAUCCCAUUGCGAAAACGGCAGGUGAUAACGAUGGACCCUACAAUCUGGAAACAACCUACAAAGACGUGAUUGAGGAGCUGGGAAAUGAUUUGCUCGCGCAAGGAGAAGUGUUUCUGCUCCAUGGUACCGACCCACGUAAUUUGCACAGUAUUCUCUUCGAAGGUCUAGACCCGGAGGUGUCUCGGAAUGGUACAUUUGGUAGGGGGGUGUACUUUGCCGAGAAUGCUGCCAAAAUUGACCAAUACGCCAUUGCAGACGAAAGGUUUGAUAAAGACGGCAACUUGAAUGAGCUUCACCAAAAGCUCUACGAGCAUCAGAUGCAUCCGCGACGUGUCAGGUAUUGCCUUGUGGCGCGGGUCGUACUUGGACGCACGCAGCGGACUCAAGAUGGCCGGACUGUCAUGGGAACCAAGAAGUUGCCUCUUUACCAGGACGACAAUCACUCGGAACGAACCAGGUUGAAGCCCUUCGAGGAUGGCGUGCAACCCAGUAGUCUCAUUGGUGAAGUUGGCGGCGUCAAAAGUGCAUUCCGAGAAUUUGUUGUGUUUCAACCGGAUCAAAUAUUUGUCCAGUAUGUCAUUGCCUACAGACGAGCACGAAAGUUCUGCGAUUGCAAUCGACCCCUUGUCGAAAGGACCGUCACGAAGCAGACAGAGAAUCGGGGGCGGAAGAUUUUCAUUUGCGGUGCCGGCAAGGAAUCGGGCUGUGGCUUUAUUCGCAUGCUGCCUUUCUGUCAUUGCUUCGACAGUGCUGUCGUCAAGACUAGCGGCAGCGUCAAGAAUCCCAACCGCAAGUACUAUACUUGUCGUAAGAAACGCUGCGAAUUCUUUGAGUGGUGUGAAGCUGUGGUUGGCAGUCCAUCACCUUACAAAAGACAGAGAACCACCUAG